GUACAAAUUUCCAGUACAAUAAUUCCAACUAUCCGUGACAGACAGCUAACUGCGUAGAGAAGGCUUGGUAGGACACAGGAAAAUGAAAGCAUAUCUUCUCAUCUGUACGCACUUAUUAAAGAUCCACAUGACUUAGUCGGCACAAAUCAUUCGCAAUUAAACCAGUCAUUUGCGAACUCUGGGCAGCUGAAUGCUUCUUAACUAGCAUCUGAAUGCAGUAUUACUCUUCUAUGAACGUUUUGUUAACAGCUCUGAUUCUCAUAAAUAAAGAGUUUAUGCUGCCUCACAGAAACAGAAGUCAUGUGUUGAGACUUGAGAGCAAUUCUUGCCACGUGGAGCUCAUGGUCACAGAUGAUGAACACGUAAUCUACGACGUGGCACAAAAGCAAGUGAAGAUCAAAUACCAUAUAAUAAAGCCAUGCAAAACCGACAGAUUCAUCAAGCAGAGUCCAGAAGACGAGAAGUGGCAGCAGAUGGAGAAAAAGCAAGACAGUGGUGGUGAAGAGAAGAAGGGGAGCUUAGAAGGGCUUCCAGUGGUGGACAGUCCGUAUGUGAAGUACAAGGACGUGGACGAUUACAAGCGCAAAGGCUAUGGAACUGAAGGCCAUCAGGAACCCAAGCCUCGCGGAGGUGGCUCCACCGAUGCUCCCACACCCUCUGGGACUGGAACUGCAGUCUCGUCUCAGUCUGACGUUGCACCCACUGAUGUAAUUAAUCAUCAAGGAGUGCCCUAAAGCGAGCUAUUUUACAUGUUCUUCCUGGAAUAAAAGAAAAUUAAUGUUUA